AAGCCCCUCCUUUGCGAGGUCAAAUUUUAACCGUAGACAACAACACCUGUUGGUGCCUUCGAGUGAUUUCCAGCGCCUUCACCACAGGGCGGAGCUACAACCGUGAUUUACAAAGCAAGGUUGACGUCUGCAGACAACAAGCGCCAUCUGUUUACCUUCUCGUCCCUGCCUUAAUCAAAACGUCGAACGACAGUGAAAUAUGGUGACGAAGAGAAUUAGGUCGGAAUACAUGAAGAAAUUUAAAGAUCCGAGAUGGGACACUUAUGCAAAAUGUUAUGAGGAUUUGCUGAAGUACAGACUGUCAAGACGGCUGUUGGAGCAAGCGCACAACCCUUGGUUUUGGGGAGAAUGGGGAAGCGAGACAGGUUCCAGUGGCAAAUCUUCUCCUCUAAGUCGGAAUAAAGUCGAACCUCUGAGGCUCCAUGAUGAGAAACCAGAACGGUCCGCAUGUGUGACACCAGAACCAGCAGCUGAACCAGAACCACAGGGAGAAGUACAGGACAGAGACACUGCACACACCAAGCUAGUUACCAGAGUUGCUGAGCAGACUCAUCAAGGUCGGGAGGAAGAGAAUGCCAGAGAAUGCCCUCCUGCUCUCAACCAAGAAACCGACACGCAUAUCCUGAACACACCAAAGAGCAAACGCCGCUCUUCACACAAGUAUACAAGAUCAAAGGUCAAGCCUCAUGUCACCAAAGACGCUGACAAAGAGAACCGUCACCCUUUUGCCUUGUAUGCCUCAGGAGAGAGGCAGACAGAUAUGGCUUCUAAGAAAACCCAUAAUGUUGGUCCUGCAACAUCAACUGCAGAGAUCCAUGAGUCAGCGUUGCGAGCAAAAACCAGACGGGAGGUGGAAAAACAGAUGAAGAAAUUUGACAAACAAAGAGCCAGAUCUGUUGACUUAGAAAAGAACAUAAUUAAGAUUGUCCCCGAUUUCAACCCCUGGAUGACAGAGUACAUGCGCUGCUUUUCUGCUCGGUCUCGGUAGUAUUACUUUCAGAAAAUGUCUGUGACUAUCUAAACCUCUCAGGCUAAACAACCCAAAACACUCCACGUAAUGACUGGGGCAUCUGUCCAGUUCACGUCCUGUCUUCCAGAAUUGGUCACAAUGAAUUAAAAUCAAAUGAUAACUCAAGGUUUUUUAGGGGUUUAUUUACACCAUGGAUAUGUUGCAUUUACUGGUACAUAUCAAACAUGAAAACACAAUCCAUUGAUGCUGCAGGGCAAACUUUCAAACAAUCACAUGCCUUGUUGAUUUUGUAGGUGGUGUAGAUUUACAGGCCAUGAGAUUUACCAGUGUCUCUUUACACUCUUAGCCAAAAAGUGUUUAGUAAUUGUCAGACAAUUAGAGGCAUAUAAUGUGAUGUGUUGUAAUGUUGUGUAUUAUCUCCAUUGUUUACAUUGAUUAACAUUUAGAGUUAAUGUAAGGAAAUCUGUUUUGUAUUUUACAGAAAUUGUUAGUUACACCAACAUGAAUCUUUGUGAAGUGUUAAGCAACACUUACUUAAAUAGUCGUUCUAUUAUAUUAAUCUGUUUUCUUUGAUAUGAGCUAUAUUAGAUUUAACUUGUACAUUCACUCUAAUGGUGCAUUCCAUGAGUAUUGUGUAUUGUAUUGUACAUAAUGUAAAAAGUCACUGGUAUCUAACGCAUGAAACAUACACAGCAAAAUGACAAAUCAUGUUUAAAUGAGAUCAUACACAUCAAAGCCAUUCCAGCUGUUCAUCAUCAAGAAUAACUUUCAUUCAGUGUAAUGUUAUUUGGUUUUUAGUAGCACUCAGGUAUUUCGUGUUGUAUUUUACUGUAUGUAAUUUAUUUUUUAGGAAUAAUGAGAUUGGGAUAUUUGUACACCAUUUAUAUAAGGAUACUGAACUGAUUCUGAAUUCAGUAGUUGUUAUAUUUAGUUCAUCAUCUUUAAUGGAAGAAUGUUGUAUGAAUGUACAGGUAUUUUUUCCCCAUCACAUCUUUUUGGUCAGUUCUGGCAUGUAUUAUGUGAAUAGUGUUGGUUUUAGUGUAAAAGUAUUGAAGCCAUAAUGUAAAGCAAGUUUGGAGGGUAUUAAAGUUUAUGUGUUUUGAUUUCAGCUUGUGAAACUGUUUAAAUGUGUAACAUUUACAAUGGUGUUUCACCACACUAAUAGGUCACUAACAGUGAUGGGGACAUUUUUAAACACUUUCCUUAUGAGGAUGCAGUCUGGUAGUAAAUGUUAAGUCUUAACAUUUUAACAGGUUGCUGUUUAGAGGGAGUUAUUGGCAUGUUAAUGUAAAAAAAAAAAAAGUAUAAAACUUUUCACAAGCAUAAUAUGGAUGUAAAAGUAGUUCUUAUGUUUGUAGUUAAGGAUACUUUGUACACAGGCCUGCUAUUAAUAUAUGAAACUCUAUUCUCACUAAUGCACAAGUCAAAUGUAUUAUAUCACCAACUCAUUAGAGCAUGCUGUUCCUGGACAUAAGGAUUCUGCAAGCCUGCCAAGACCUUAUCCAUGUGUCAGACCCAAGGAGCAAUUUAAAUGUCUGGCAUUGUCUCUUAUUCACUUUAAAUUAAUUCAUUUAAUGAUUUUUUUUUUUUUUUUUUUUUUU